GGGAAUCCCCGGAUGUCCCGGAAGAGGGUGGAGCUGAAGCGGCCCGGUUGCGGGGGGAGGGGAGGCUCAGUUCAGGUCAGCAGACCAUAGAUGAAGUAAACUGAUUUCAGGCAAAACAUGGCCAUCUACAGCUGUAACAUAUUCCUUGCAGUAGCUAGGACCAGGGGAUCAUGCCUGCUUGUGCACUCCUGUUGUUCCCUAUUCUCCUCAUCAGCUGCACUUGCUCAACUGGUGGAUUCCCACCAUAACGGAACAUUCCUGAAGGACUCUGAAAGCCAUCAGCUCCUCUCCAGUUCACAGCAGGGAAACGGAUGGCCUCACUUGCUGAUUAGGCCCAUGCAGAUGUUUCACACGUCAGCUUAUUGGCAUCAGGACAAACCUCGCCCUGAGCCGAGUACUGUAAAAACAGACCACAGUGUGGCCAGUGCUCCAGACAAAGCCGCAGAGACUGUCAGGAGAUCGCUAUGGCAGAGGAUUGUAGAUGAACUGAGGCACUAUUACAAUGGAUUCCAUUUGCUUUGGAUUGACACGAAAGUAGCUGCUCGGAUGGUCUGGAGACUGUUACACGGGCAAGUCCUCACCAGGCGGGAGAGACGAAGGUUGAUGAGAACAUCAGCAGAUCUUUUCCGGUUGGUUCCUUUCUUGGUGUUCAUCAUAGUACCCUUCAUGGAAUUCCUGUUACCUGUAUUUCUUAAACUCUUUCCUGAGAUGUUGCCUUCAACCUUUGAAACUGAAUCUAAAAAGGAAGAAAAGCAGAGGAAGAAACUGAGCGCCAAGUUGGAGCUAGCCAAAUUCUUGCAGGAGACUAUUGCAGAGUUGGCCAGAAGGAACAAAGCCAAUACAGGAGCCGCCACCCAGCUGUUCUCUUCCUACGUUCAGAAGGUUCGACAUAGUGGCCAACAACCCAGCACCCAGGAAAUUGUGCAGUUUUCCAAACUGUUUGAGGAUGAGCUGACCCUGGAACACUUGGAGCGGCCACAACUGGUCAUCCUUUGCAAACUGCUUGAGUUGCAGCCCAUUGGCACCAACAAUCUCCUCCGCUUCCAGCUUUUGAUGAAGCUUAGAUCUAUCAAAGCUGAUGAUGAGAUGAUAGCCAAGGAAGGUGUUAAUGGCUUGAGUGUGUCUGAGCUGCAAAGUGCAUGCAGAGCAAGAGGAAUGAGGUCGUUGGGCCUUACGGAGGACCAGCUCAAAGAGCAACUGAACCAGUGGCUGGAUUUGAAUCUCAAAGAAAAAGUUCCUCCUUCUUUGCUGCUGCUUUCUCGUGCCUUAUAUUUGACAGACGUGAACCCCAAACCGAUGGUGGUGAAUACUACUGAGCCUCUGAAGAGUGAGGAUGCAGAAUUAGAUGAUGAUGAGACCUUGUUAGAUUCUGCUCCCAAUGUGCAGGAAAGGAAGAAUGAAGAAUUUAUAUUGCAGCCAAAAGACAAAUUAUCAGUUCCUGAAAUCUCAGUCAAGCCUCCUGUGGGAGAGACUAAAAUAGAAGCCCCUCGGAGCAGCAAAGCCAGCGCCAAUGGAGUCUAACUGUUUUCCCAAUAUAGAACUGGACCCUCAGGGAAAAAAAGGCACCACCCUUGCAACUUGCAACAUGUCGGCAGCUUUCAUUGACCAACUCCUUCCCAAACACAGCCCUGUGAAACCCGGUGCUCUGGACUUGAUUACUGUGUAUCUAAGCCAGGUGAAAAAGCACUUUGCAUCUAGGGCCAAGACUUACAUUUAUGAUACAUCCAUGUAACUUAUUUCUGUAAAUAUGUACAUAAUCCACAGACAAGACCAGCCGUAACUUAAUGUGAAGCGGUUCACCAUGAAGAUUUGUAUUCCUUAAAAUUUUGUGAUUUAUUUUAAUUUUGUGAGAAAGACCUCCUCACCGCCCUGAGCCUUUUUCUAUGAGAAAUUGUAGAAAAUUGGGCUUCCCUCCCCUCAGCAGACAGACUUGAACUUUAAAUUGAUUUAUGGCCAGUUCUUAAAAAGGCUUCCUUGAAAGUAGGUCCUGGAGGAGGGCCUUGCAAAUGAAGUUGCCUAAAAUUGCAGCCGCACCUCUCAAAGUCAAACGGGAUGAAUGGACAGGACGCUUUCCUUUUAGUAUGCAAAUAAAGUGGAACCCAUGCAUGUUCCAGCUGGCUUCCUUCUGUCACAUGUAUUUCCCUCAUUUUUACUGAUUGGUCCAAAGAUGCACACUCCGGUGACUUUCCAGAUGUUUCAAAAGGAGCAAAUGCUACUUUGGACCAUAAAUCUAUUUAAAUAGAGUAAGGAUCAAUUAAAGUAUGGAUUAAGUUGUAUAUAACUAGUUCAGGCAGACAUUAUCAAUUGUAAUUUUAUUUUCUUUGUUAAUUAAAUUGUGGGUGUUGAAUUAAUCUGUAACCAGUGUCUACCUGAAUUGGGGGUUCUAAAAAGCAGAUUAUGGAAGGUCUUUCUGUUGGGCCAUAUGAAGAAAAGGUCUGUAUUUUUCUGCCAGGUUUGCCUACGAUUAAAGACAAGUUAAAGAUACUAGGGUAAAAAAUGAUAGUUUUACUAUGUUUUGUUAAUGUUCUGCAUAAUACUAGCACAACAGCAAUGAGGCAGUUUCCAGCUAAGAAAUAAAUAACUUGGGGAUUGCAUUCAAAACACGAGACAAGCUGUCAGAUAUCCCAACAGAUAAUUAUUUUAAUAUUAACUUGAUAUGUUUGUCUCUGAAAUAGACCUUUCUAAUAGAUGUAUAAACAUCAUUGGGGAAAUCAAGGCUUUUCUCACUAAUUUUUGCCCUCUUUCUAGUCUAAAAGCAUUGUGGUCUGGGCUUACAGUACCAGAAUUUCUAAAAACGUUCUGUAACAAUUAGUGCAGAUCUGUUUAGACAGUGGGGAGUCUGAUUUGGGAGCCAUGUAUUUAUCUGUGUGUGUGUGUGUGUGUGCGCACACACACCAACUUUAAACUAUCCUGAAAUGAAUGCUGGGAUAGAGUCACUGGAGAUAACUGAGGAGUGAAGCUCAAGGCCUAUGUGUAGCUAAGCUUGUAUCUUAUGUUAACUCAUGGCUUGGGUAAAUUGAGUAAAAAUCCCAGUGGUUGGGUUCCUACAACACUCUGAGCCAAAAUAAACAUAUGUAGUUUAGUGCAAAAUAGGAGCCCAGCAUCAGCUAAUAGGAGAAAAAGAUCUGCAAACUGGGGGAAAUCUAUAGUGAAAAAAAAAAAAAGUUAAGAGAAAAAUACUGAUUCAAUAUUAAAAAGCCUAGAGAUAAAAACAGGAAUGGGAGUGAUGGGAGUGGAACGAUGUAUUGUUCCUUGGGAGUCCCUGGUUGCUUAUCUAAUGUUACAGAAUUUCUAAACUAGACCCAGCUCAUCUCAAAACUAGUUCAUCUCAAAACUAAGCUUUCUGAUUCGCACUGUGUUCAUGGCAGCUUCUCUGGGGAUCGGGUGCACCAAGCAAGUCCCAGCUAUUGAUGGACCUGUCAGACGCUGUACUUGCUUGACAAACAGCUUUCUCCCUGACUCUCCAGCGAUCAAUAGCUGACAUAACUAUUAUUGUGGAACAAGUGUUUUCUGGCACUAUGGGUGUGUGUGUGUCACUUAAACCCAGCCUGUGCAGCUUUGAUCAGUGUUAAUUCUUUUGGAAAUUUCUGUCUACUGUGGAUGUCAAACCUACUUCACCAAGUUUUCUGAUUACAGCGCUGAAUCCUUAG